AUGAUUGGCGCUCCCCGAUCUCGAUGUACCAUGCGGUCCGAUAUUCGGGAUGUGGAGAGUUGCGGAUUGAUUAUACCCGAGGAUGUCAUUAUCGGAGAUGUGACACAUCCAGCUUCAAAGGUAGGUUGCAGCAAUGCGUCUCCCUACGUCCCCAACCCGCCGCAGCCGGCCUCCGAAGACGACGCCGCCAUCGUAGCACGCAUCGCGGCUCGUCGGGCCCCGCGCCCCUUACAGGCGCUGGAUCUGACGUUGCUACACUCGCCGCCGGUGGCAGACGGUUGGAACAGCUUUCUAGGCGCAGUGCGCACAAAGACGUCGCUCGACGACCGGGCGCGCGAGAUCGCGAUCUGUCGGGUCGCCGUGUGUAACGGGGCGUGGUACGAGUGGGGACACCACGCGCCGCUUGCUAGGGCGGCGGGGGUUAGCGAGGAAGGGAUGGGGGUCGUGGGGAGGGAUGCGUUGUUGGUGGAGGGGGGAGAGGAUGGGGAUAGGGAGGAGAGGGGCAGGAAAGAAGCUGAGAGAGCGGGGUUGGGGGAGAGAGAGUGGGCGGUGUUGAGUGAGAGGGAGGUUGUGGAGGUUACUGCUACGGUUGCGGCGUAUAACUGCGUCAGCCGGUUUCUAGUCGCGUUGGACGUUGGUGAGAAAAAUGGUACUGGGCCUGAGGCUGGACAUUGA